AAGACUUCAAGACUGACCUUGAACUCUGGACGUAUUAAAGUCGAAAACCCUGUUGUGGACUUGGAUGGUGACGAAAUGACGCGUAUCAUUUGGGAUAAAAUCAAGAAAACACUCAUAUUUCCAUUCGUGGAUGUAGAGUGCAAGUAUUUCGACCUUGGUUUACCUAAUCGUGAUCUAACCAAUGAUCAAGUUACAAUCGAUGCGGCGCAUGCCAUCAAGAAAUAUGGUGUCGGAAUUAAGUGUGCCACGAUCACUCCUGAUGAGCAAAGAGUUGAAGAAUUUGGUCUGAAGAAGAUGUGGCUCUCUCCUAAUGGCACUAUCAGAAACAUUCUCGGGGGUACUGUUUUUCGUGAGCCAAUAUUAUGCAAGAACAUUCCACGAUUAGUUUCUGGUUGGACAAAACCAAUUAUAAUUGGUCGACACGCUCACGGAGAUCAGUACAAAGCAACAGAUUUAGUCAUCAACGAACCUGGAACACUAGAGUUAGUUUUCACUCCAAAGGGGUCAACGGAAUCGCAACGCUACAAGGUUUAUCAGUUUGGUGCCGAAGGUGUUGGAUUGGCAAUGUAUAAUACAGACGAAAGCAUUCGUGGAUUUGCUUAUAGUUGCUUUGAGUAUGCCUUGAACAAAAAGUGGCCUCUGUAUAUGAGCACCAAGAAUACUAUCCUCAAGCAAUAUGAUGGUCGAUUCAAGGAUAUUUUCCAGGAGAUUUACGACAAGUACGUCCUACAAUAA